AACGUGUACGCCAGUCUCGUACCGACGCCCGUGCCGAUAACUUGUUCUCUGCGCUGUGUGGAACAGCUUCUUGUUAUUGCUGGUGCUGCUGCUGAUGGUGUGCGCGUCGCGAGUGCAUUUUGUUUUCGAAUUUCGUUUCGCCGUCGCGAGUAUUCUCCAGUGGUACGCAUAUCAAGUUUUCCGGAUUACUGAAUGAUGUCCGCAAGCCGGUAGUAACGCAGGACUGACAAAAACAAAACGAAAUUAUGCUGAAAUUAUUCCUCGUAAUUUUGGUGGUAGCGUGCGUCAAUGGCCACCAAACCGAACCUGGACACCAUGUUAUACCCUAUAAAGAUGUGAUGUCGACAGCCGUCACGUUUUCGGAAGACGGAGUGACAUCGUACUCGCAGCUGUUGUUCGACAUUGCCAGAAAACAAGUGGUAGUCGGUGCGAGAGACAACAUAUACCGUCUGGACUUGGAUGAUUUGAAAAAGAUCGAGGUCGCACGAUGGCCAGCCGCUGAGGAAAAGGUGCAGCUGUGUCUGGUGAAAGGCCAAAGUGUCGAUGACUGUCACAACUACGUCAAAGUACUGUUGUCCACUGGAAAACGGUUGUUCGCAUGCGGCACUGGAGCUUUUUCACCACAGUGCACGUGGAGAGAGAUAGAAAAUGCCAACAGCGUGACCGACACCGUGCGCGGGGUGGGCAAGUGUCCGUACAGUCCGCUGUCCAACAUCACAGCCAUGAUCACGCUCAACGGCCAGUACUUUGCCGGUAGUCCGAUGGACUUUUCAGGCGCAGACUCAGCCAUUGUCCGGGACCUGGGAGCUUCGUACUUGCGAACGAAGAACUAUGAUGCCAAGUGGCUGAACGAGCCUCAAUUUGUCGGAUCGUUCGAGACCGACGCCUACGUGUACUUUUUGUUCAGAGAAAGUGCAGUGGAGUACAUAAACUGUGGCAAGAGAGUGUACUCGAGAAUUGCUAGGAUGUGUAAAAACGACGUUGGUGGAGAAACUAUGCUACGAGACAAUUGGACCACGUUCAUUAAGGCCCGUUUAAACUGUUCUUUACCCGGCGAAUACCCGUUUUACUUUGAUGAAAUUCAGGGUAUGACUUAUUUACCGGACGAAGGAUUGGUGUACGCUACAUUCACUACACCGAGCAAUGGUAUAGCUGGAUCGGCAGUAUGUAGUUUUAACCUUACCGCUAUUAAUGCAGCGUUUAAUGGACCGUUCAAACACCAAGCCAGCGUCGGUUCAGAAUGGGUACGAUAUAACCCACCUCAUCAACUCAACCACGGACACUGUCAAAGACAGGAUCCAAAUCAGAUACUUGACUCGUCGAGAUACCAACUGAUGGACAACGCAGUACAGCCCACCACGAUGGAUCCACUGUAUUACAAGCCCUUGGAGAUUCUGACACACAUUGCUGUCGACGUUGUGCCAACUAAACCCCACGGGUCUUUAAAAGUCUUGUACGUGGCCACGACUGAAGGGACAGUGAAAAAGAUCACUAUCUUACCGAAGUCUUCUACCACGUGCACACUGGAGGAGUGGAACAUAUUCCCCGAGGGUUCCGGUUCCCAGAUCAUGGCGUUGCAUUAUCUGAAAGUCACGGACUCGAUUUACGUGGGCACUCGUGACCGGGUGUUGAAAAUACCGGCCCAGCACUGUGGCCGACACCGGAGCAAAGAAGCAUGCAUGAACGCGAUGGACCCCUAUUGCGGAUGGAACGAGCACGUUGACAAGUGUCAACCGCCGACGAACGGUAACAUCAUGGAACACAAUUGGCGACAGGACGUUACCAAGUGUCCGGACCGGUCGAGGCCGAUCGACGGCGGUUGGUCCAGCUGGUCUGCAUGGGCUGCGUGUACGCAAAACGUCAACGGCAAAGAAUCCACUGACCAAUGUUUGUGUUCGAGCAGAACGUGCACGAACCCCGAACCCAAGUACGACGGRGCCAAUUGCCAAGGUCCUACCAUGCAGGUGACUAAUUGCACCGUACAUGGACAAUGGUCUGCUUGGUCGGACUGGUCGGCGUGUACGCAAAGUUGCGGUUCCGCCGUGAAAGUCAGAAAGAGGACCUGUGGAAACCCGGCGCCGGCAUUUGGCGGUCGCGUGUGUGUAGGACGGGACACCGAUGAAAUGUUUUGCCAUUCGAACCCACCCUGUCCAGUUUCGCCACCUGUCGUAAAAGAACCGGGCUGGAGCGCCUGGGGUCCGUGGGGAAAAUGUUCGACCAAGUGCGGUGGAGGCAUUCGACAGAGGUCGCGGUACUGUAACAACCCACCCCCACWAGAAGGUCAGGAUUGCGUCGGGUGUUCCGAAGAGUAUGAACUGUGCAACCAGAAACCGUGCUCGGAUAGUAUAAAAAAGAUAUCGUCGUGGUCACCGUGGGUGUCGGCCGGUAACGGUACACAUAAGAGAUACAGAUUCUCGUGCAGAACGCAGCCAGACAUUUCGGCAUUGAGCAUCAUGCAGGACAAAGAAGAAAGUAGAUUGUGUCAAGAUGGAACGUGUCACAGACUUGGAGAAUGGAGUUGUUGGACAGACUUUAGUGAAUGUUCAGUGACCUGCGGUGAAGGCGUCAGAUCGCGUAAGCGCRAUUGCCUGCUAAAAGGUGUAUCCACUGAUGGAUGCGAGGGUCCUUACGAAAGUCUAGAACCGUGUUACGUGCCUUGUAAUGACGUGGAUAUGGGCUGGGAAGACUGGUCCGAGUGGUCAGUUUGCGACAAGGACAACCAGAAACAUCGGAUGCGAAAAUGUGCUUUUGACCAUUGUUUUGGGCCCGACAUCGAAUCUGUUCCUUGCUUUGAGACUAAAGAGAUUGUGAGUUCGAGUAGUUCCACUCUACUGGUGUGCCUGCUGUCCUUUUUGGCGGGCGCCCUGGUGGCCGGCGCCGCGUUCUGCGCGUGGCAGAGGCGUCGGAAGCCUAAAUUGCCGAGCAGCCCGCACUACAUUACCACCAAGCAGAACCCGUACGUGACGGUGCCGAUGAAGGAUUACCGCGUGCCCGCCAAGCGGACGCCGUCGUUCACCAAACCGACCACAGUCGGCGCGCAGCAUCACAGUAACGGUACCGCGACCACCGGCACGCUGCCCAGGCUGUUCAACAAACCGACCGACUACGAGACGGCCACCAUCAAGCGGAACAGCCACAGCCUGGUCAACGGGCACGCGAUGCGAAACCGUCCCGAUUUGGAACAAGAGAAGUUUUUCUAGCCCGCGGCACCGUUAAAUUAUCAUAUUAUAAUUGGUCACAACCAUCGCCGCAAUCGCCAUAAUUACAAUUAUUAAAAUAACGCCUUCCCUAUCAUCGUUGUUAUCGCUCGCCGCUCGCAACGAUAUCGUUAUUGCAGACUGACACAGAAUUCUGCGACCCCGCCAUCAUUGUUUACGCGCUGAAGAAUUCGGAUCGUUCAAGCCGUUACGGAAGYCGUCGGCGUUUCUGGAUUUAUUAAAUUGUUUUAUUGCCAUCCGAUUAUUCGGAUUUUCGAAUGUCCUAAUAAUAAUUAAUUUAAACCAGUGAUAGUAACGGCUAUUUGUGCUUGUUAUUGCUAGUCAUUACAAUUUUUUUUAUUUUCGACAAUUUCCUUGAGGACAUAACUAAUAUUUAACACGUGAUAUUGCCAUAUU